AUUUUUUUUCCCUUUUUCCCUUUUCUUUUCUUUAUCCUCUCUUAAUCAUGUCAAUGGAUACUCCCCCUUUUGAUCCAUCAGACUAUUCGUAUGUUAUUGGUAUAGAUUUUGGUACUACAUUUUCUGGUUGUUGUUACGCCUUUUCUAAGGACGGAAACGAUGAAAUUAUCGACAUAACCAAGUGGCCAAAGCAACAAAAUGUGUAUCCAAAAACACCGACCCUUUCUCUAUAUAGAAACGGCUCGACAAAGUUAGUUGCUUGGGGCCAAGAUGCAAAAAAAACUGCCAUGAAGCGUAACAACAAUGACCAGUUACUUUCACGAUUCAAACUUCAGUUGGAUGAGAAUUUAAAUUUAGCUCCUUUACCAAACGGAUUGACAGCUUUAGAAGCUAUUUCUGAUUACCUCGAAUCAUUUCAUUCCCAUGUGUGUAAAGAUCUUCAACGUGGUUUUGCCAACAAUUAUGAUCAGAGUAAAUUUCGUUAUUGCUUAACUGUGCCUGCCAUGUGGAGUGAUCAAGCAAAAGCAACCAUGAGAGAAGCAGCUAUCAGAGCUAAUAUUAUUAAUCGUUGGGACCACCCAAAUAGAUUAAUGUUGAUUAGUGAACCAGAAGCAGCAGCUCUUUACUGUGAAAAAAAAUGCGACCAAUUCAAUUUGGGCCAUGGCCAGAGAUUUUUAAUUUGUGAUGCUGGUGGUGGUACCGUCGAUCUGAUUGUGUUUGAAAUUGACGAUUCUGGUGAAAGAAGAGCAUUAAAAGAAGUAACGAAAGGUUUAGGUGAUUCGUGUGGUUCCACUUUUUUGGAUAUUCGUAUGCGUGAUUAUCUUAAAGAUCGAUUCUAUCAUCAUGGUAAAGUCAGCGAUACUGCCAUGGAGUCAAUGAUGGAAACAUUUAUUGAUACUAUCAAGCCCGAAUUUGACGGAGAUGAGGAUCAGUAUCUUGCUCUUCCUGCAGCAUUAGGUAUUGAAGGUUUGGAUGAUCCUGACGCUGGCAUUGAAGACGGUACUCUCCAUAUUCCUUGUCACGAACUUCGUGAAAGAGUAUUUGAACCAGUUAUCAACCAGGUCAUCGAUUUAAUUGAGCAACAAGUCAAUCAGUCCUCAACAAAACUAGAUGCUGUAUUUUUAGUCGGUGGUUUUGGUCAAUCUACAUAUCUUUAUAGACGUGUAUUAGCAGAAUUUCAAUCUAGAGUCGGUUUUAUUGGUGUACCUCCUCGUGGUGAAUUAGCUGUGGUUAGAGGUGCCGUGUACUUUGGUCUGAAUCCACAUAUGGUGACUGAACGUGUAUCAAGAAGAACAUAUGGUCUCGAAACUCGCAUGGUGUUCGAUCCUAGAAAUGAUCCACCAGAGCAGUGUAUCAAAGGUGAUGACAAUCGAUUGUUUUGCAAGCAAAGAUUCAGUGUGUAUGUUCAAAAGGGUCAAACUAUUAAUGUCGAUUACUGUGUAUCAAAAAACUUUAUGAUUGCUUAUCCAAACGAUACUGAUACAGAUUUAUUUGCGUAUGAUGGCGAUGGUCCCAUUCCACGUUUAACUACUGAUCCAAACGUCUUUAAAGUGGCUAGAUUCCCAAUUAAAAUGCCCAAAUUUACCGAUGUUCAAAAAGGACAGCCAAUAUUCAUGACCAUCAAAAUGUACUUUGGUCAGACCGAAAUCAAAAUCGAAGCUAUUAUCCGUGAUCGUAAAUUCACCUUCACUUCUGCUUUUGAGACAAUGGAAAAAGAAAUGAUGCAAGCUUUAAAUACACAAACUAAUAUAUUAUCUAUUAAACCUGACGAAAAUGAUGAUUCAUAUGGUGUUUACGGUUAUUCAGGAAAUGCGUCGGGAUCCAAUGUAUCAAGACCCCCUUCACUCCCAUCAAGAGAUAAUGGCUAUCCAUCACCAAUGUCUAAUGCUCGCAGCGUAAAAGAAGAGGACAACACAUUCUAUGAUGGCGACUCUAGACAUUCCUCCACUAUGAACGGGAGCGGAAGUUCAAGGAAAAUAUUUGGAAUCAAGUUUGGCAAGAAACGAUAACUCGUUUACCGCUAUACCUUUAUAAUUCAUUACUUUAAUGCUCUUACUUUACUCUUUUUUUUAAAAAAAAAAAAUUCACUCCCAAAUCAUAACUUGUUCAUCAUACUAAUACAGAAUUCGCACUAUAAAUACAGACAAUUGAGAGGUAUUUUUAGAUAGGCUCAAUAAGACUUUUCGAUACACAUGACAAUGCUUUUCAGGCAAUUGUAAAAAAAUAUCUAAAUGGAUACUACAGAAUAAAAAUAAUUUUCAGGCAUUGGAUUAUAAGGCAUCCCUCCCAAUAAACUUCAAAGUAUCGAAAGAUCGCUCACUACAUCGAUUUCAUAUCCUAUCUUUGAUCAGAACCCCACAAAAAGAGAGUUUAAAAGCACAAUAAAAAGGUGGAUGUACUUUAGCUAAAGAACAUUUGAGUUAAACAAUAAUUAAAAAGAAAAGGCAGAUCAUGGCGUAAGAUUAUUAAUAUGUUGAUUUGACAAAGGGCUUUCAGUCUAUAAAUGCG